CCAUGUGUGUCGCUAACCGCUGAAAAAAAAAAAAAGAAAAUAAACAAGACAUUAGGUUUCGCUCAGGUCGAAGUACUGCCGCCGCAGCAGUCUGGUAGUGCGAGGUUACAAAUGUAGAGAGCAUCCUUGUGGGUGCUCGUGCGGUUGUGCCAAAGGGCUGUUGCGUUAGUCAUUCGACAUCGGAGAGGAAGUUUUUUCCAGAGCUUUCGGGAAGCCUGUGACGUCGGUGUUUCGUAUCGCGUUCGGCCGUGGUAUGCGCGACUCCCAUUAAUGCGAGCGUUGCUGCAGCAGACGAUAAAGAGAAGUGACGCAGACGGCGUGUCGAAAGGUUGUUUUCUGCCAGGCUACCACUGCGCUUCGUGUCGCUGACGCUUCGCCUUCCCCCGUGUCGCCGCCCGGUCGUCGUCGCGUGACAUGUUGUCCCGGCCGUACAGUUGACGGCGACCCCUCAUCCCCUCCAUUCACAUCCGUGACCUUCCCCCCCCCCCACCGUCUCGUCGCCGGUCAAAAUUUCGAAGCCAGGCUGCGACGCUUUCGGACGCGAGAUCCAGUGCCACGCCAGGCCCGAACUGUGAGUGCAGGUGCGGUGCCACCCCCCCCUCCCCCCCCCCAAAUUUGUGCAGUCGUGUCCUUUUGCGGGCACGAAGUGCUGCUGGGAACAUCGAGCUAGGCAGCCAACCAUCUUGCUUCGGAGGCACCUGCUGCGGGAGCCCAUGUCCAGGAUUGGUGCUUUUUCAGAAGCAAACGUUCCGAGCGCCACCCCACACCCCCUGCCAUCAAGACCUGGAGACAGGCGCCACCAGUUUUAAUGUGUGCCAUACUUUGAGCCGUCGUUGACGCUCCGUCCGUCGCCGCCUUCUUCAAGACGCGGCAGAAAUCGCGUCCGCCCCCUUUGGACUUGCCGUCUUCUGGACUACUCUGCCAUUCGUAAAGUGUGCCGAUUCCUCAGUUGUAAGCAGCAGCAUCGGUCCGCACCCGAGGACCCAUCAUCGGUGCAAGCAACAAAAAUCUGCGAAGGUGCGCCAGCAACGGAGGCGCGAGUCGGCCAGCGACUCAGCACUACGCUCGGUCGCACGCGAAGCCCGAUCGUCGCGUUGGAGGCUUGCUCUGCCAGUCCGCGUUGUCUGCCGGCAACCGACCCCGCAGCUGCGCACAGUUGCUUGGCCUGUGUUAGCAGCUGACGCCCGCCAAGGCAGCUACCGUGCCCAAGAACAACCCCCGGCAGCUUCUGUGCUGCGCCUCCUUCGUGCUCAUGAUGAACGUCCACGGCCUCAGACGAAACGUGAAGAAUGUGGUGCGGAACUAUUCGGACGCCCAGGUUAAGGUGCGCGAGGCGACCUCCAACGACCCCUGGGGGCCGCCCUCGACCCUGAUGGGCGAGAUUGCCGACCUGUCGUACAACGUGGUGGCCUUCACCGAGAUCAUGCAGAUGAUAUGGAAGCGGCUCAACGACCACGGCAAGAACUGGCGACACGUCUACAAGGCGCUGGUGCUGCUGGAGUACCUCAUCAAGACUGGCUCCGAGAAGGUGAGCCAGCAGUGCAAGGAGAACAUCUUUGCGAUCCAGACGCUGAAGGACUUCCAGCACACGGAGGACAACAAGGACCAGGGGGUGAAUGUCAGGGAGAAGUCCAAGCAGCUGGUGGCCCUGCUCAAGGACGACGAGCGGCUGCGCGCGGAGCGCACCCGCGCCCUCAAGGCCAAGGAGCGCUUUGCGCAGGCCACGGCCCGCGUCGGGUCCGAGGCCCUGGCCAAGUAUGGCAGCUCCAGUCGGCGAGACUCGUACAACUCUGAUGCGACGUCACCCAGAGGCGAGGGUGAUGGAGCGAGCGGCCUCUCCUCAGAGUUGGAGUGUGCCCGGCCCCAGACGGCGGGUGAGGAGGAGCUUCAGCUGCAGCUGGCGCUGGCCAUGAGCAAAGAGGAGGCGGAGCAGGAGGAGCGGCUCCGCAAGCACGACGACCUGCGGCUCCAGAUGGCCAUCAACGAGUCCCAGCACACUUUCUCGCUCGAAAUGCACAUGCAGCAUGUGCUUCGACACCCCGAACUCACGGCGACACUGCACAACGGGGCGACAUCCUCCUCCUCCUCGGCAGGGGCUGGCCCAUCUUCGUCACACCACCAGGCUGCGUCGGGCCUCGACGACCUGCUGGGUCUCAGCCUGGGGGCCUCGGGGGGUCCCAGUGGGGCCGAGCCCCCGUCGGUGACAGAUCCCUGGGGCAUGCCGCUGUACGACGGUGCUCAGGCUGCUGCUCCGGACCCAUGGUCAUCACCCACAAGCAGUCGUCCGAACACAGGUAGUCAACCAGGUGACCCUUGGCGGUCGCCCACUUCCAAGCCAGCAGCGAAUCAUGGAGACCCAUGGUCGAGCAGCCAAGACCCCUGGCGAUCUUCAGCCACGGGGCCCACAACCAACGGAAAUGACCUGGACGAGUUUGACACGCUGAGCAAACGAUCGGCUGCUACCAGCCCGAUCUCAGAACAAACUGGGGCGGUCGGCGAUGCGUUGGCAUUGGGCGGGCUGCGCCGUGCCUUGCCCAGUGCAGAGGAAGAAGAACUGAGCAAACGGAAAACACCGGAGAGCUUCCUAGGUCCCAAUUCGAACCUGGUGAACUUGGAUGCACUCGUCACGACACGACCCGCAGGGCCAGGUACGUUAGGUGCCCCGGCACCCGCUGCGGCAAACCCUUUCGCGGCACCACUCCCCACGCCAUCGUCAGGCCUGGUGGCACCUACCACGACAGCGGCAGCGGCAGCAGCAGCAGUGGCAGCAGCCAGCAAUCCGUUCCAGGCGUCCAAGCCACCUACAAUCAACCAGCUGCGACUGCAGAACAGCAGCUUCCCGCCGGCACCGGUUGCCCCGACGACGACGACGCUCCUGACGCAUCCGGUCGCCACCGCUACCCUGGUUCCACAGCAGCCCUUGCCCCCACACAGUGGCUACGUAGGCCUGCCUGCAGGUGCAGCUGCGGUGGGCCAGCAGAACCCCUUCCUCUGAAGGAAACCGCAGCAGUAGGGAGGGGUUCUGUUUCGCACUAGGACCGCGAAAAAAAAAAAAAAAGCGCGAGAGUCGGGCCCGCCGCUGUCUUGCCCAGCAGUGUCUCUUAUUUUUUUCUUUUAAAUGACCUACCUGUCGCUCUGAAAAGGCCCUUGUUUCUUCUUAAUCGGUGUGUGCAUAAAGAGCCAAGAUGCUGCUGCGCAUUCCGCUUGGUGUUCGCCCAUCUUCUUCUGAGGUGCAAGCGAAAAUGGAGCCAAGGUGCGAGUGGUUCCUCCUCCUACAUGGUGAACUGUGAACUUUUUUUCGUGUCUCAUGUAGAGCUGGCCAGACUAAUGAACUCACCUGAUCAUCGAACGAGGCCCAACGGAUCGAUGUAGUGUGCGCUCUAUCUAGAUGUUUUCUCUGAGGCGUGAAAGUGUACGGCGGUAGGUAAAGGGGUUGGUUGGAAAGUGGAAAGUUUUAAUAUAUAGUAUAUAUAAAUAUAUGUGCAUCAAAUUGAGCGCGGUUCCAGUUCCGACCCGAGUCUCCCAAAGGAGAGCGGUCAUACACGUGAAAUCUUGGGAGUGCCAGCGGCGUUUCUCCUUUCCCCUCUUGUGAGAGAGCAUUUACGAGGCGGCGGGGUAAAGGGGUGCAGCUCAGCACCACGUUGUCACGACCAAGCUCGCUUGACCUGUGGCCCGGUCAAAGCGAUGUCAGACCACCAGCACAACCAGCCCCUGUCGUGACUGUCUCGUACUAACAGAAGAAACGAAAAACAAACUUGCAUUUCACGGACUAGCUCUAUUGUUAUAUUUUUGCCUUCCCCACCUUUUAUUCUUUGUAUUGGAGGACCACUAUGUUGUCUUGCUUAGGAGCGAGAAAGUGUCUGCGUCGGGCAUCGUUGACAGAUGCAUUCUCACGUGGUGCUCCCUGUUCCACCUUUGACAUUGAGUGGAGGCAGAAUGAAGGCAGUUCUUGAGCAUUGUGUUACCGUGCAGACGGCAGGAAAAGAGCCAUAUCUUUAUGGAGGUAACACUGAGCAAAGAUGGGGAAAGGUUGUUGCGCCUGUUAACAUCUGUUGAAGGCGCUUUCCCUCCACUGCAUUCACCGCUCUAAUUGGUGCUCGUAGCUACCACAUUUAGCACGAAAAAGACCCACUAGACGUGAGACGGCAAACACGGGCGCAAACUUCUCAUCUGGACUUCAUUAGCAUGCAAUGCCAGCAAAGUGAGAUCAUAGAGAGAGACCGUGCAAUCCAUUCUUGUGGUAUCCCAAUACAUUUUCUUGUGGUCUUAGCUCUCUUAUGCAUGUUCAUGACGUAUGCUUAUGAAGCUUGUUUAGGAAAUUUGCACUCGUGCUGGUCGUUUUAUGCCAAGUCUGCAGCUCUUUUCUGAUAAAUGUCAUAGUUGGGCACUUCCCCUUCUGGAAACUGAAUAGUGUGGCCCAUUUCCUGCCGGUAUGUCUGCGUCGGAGAGUCCUAGUUGUGGGUAGCAAAGCUCUUCUUAGUUCUGCCCGAUAACUGCUAUUGGACUUGCACGGAUCAUCGGAAGCUGCCGGGUCCUGAACGGCUGAUGUGCUCGUGAUCUUGGUGGGCUAAUGUUUAGAAGUGUGGAGGGUAGCAGGUGAGCGGCCUUUUUUACAUAGAGUUUGAGAAGUCAUCCCGCACUUCAGUGCAAAAGGCUGCGGUUGCCACGUGCAAUUUGAUUGUGCAGCGUGCACUUGGGGCUGGGAAGAAACAGCAUAUGCUCAUUUCCAUCGAGGAGGCAGGGCGUUGAAAGACUAGCCUUCUUUGCAUCAAGUCGCGUAGCUCGCACAAAAUUUACGUAAGGGCACGUUUUUCUUCGUUAUCAACCUGUGCCAUUAGUGGAAGUUCAGCCCGCUUAUUUGGUUUGUGUAGCCUUGCUCGUUUCGCUGCGACUGAAACUGCUUGCUGGCGGUUGCAGUGGUUCGCCUUUUCAUACGCUGUCCUGCAGGCGUACAUACGUUUGUACACUGGCUGGAGAAGUCUGUAGCGGAGGCUUUAGGCACUAAAAAAAAGAGAAAAAAAAAAGUGGUGCACACCUGUGGCUGUCACUAGUUACACUUUUCAACUGAGCACUUUUUACUGUACCACUGAUAUAACCAGCCCUUGACACGUAUGGUGGUAUGCGUGGAUGUUUUCUUGACACUUGGAAUUUGCCGUGAUGUGUGGACUCUUCGGCGGCAAAAGUGAGCAUUUCGUUUUGUCCUUGCCAUGUUGCUUCGGCACGAGGCCGGCUUGUGUCACUUUCGAGAGACGUCGCUUUCUUUCAGAGAGUGAAUGUGCUAGCAUAAAUCAUUUGUAUCGCCUGUUCCUAGUUAAAAAAAAAAACACUUAUUUGUGCUGAAAGCUGUGCGCCGACGUUUUACGUGCUCUAAUGUGGACGUCUCAUGUCGGGCUAGUGUACAAAGGUGCAUUGUCUCUGCUUCUACAAGAAGGGGUGGGCUUUGGUAGUGCACGUGUGUAUGUUGACUGGGCCAUUAUACAAACUAACGAAAUGGGGAGAAUGGGGCUGUUCACACAGUCCUGUGUACUGUGACACGUGCUGGUGUUGUUUCUGUCGUAGCAAUGAAGACGUGUUAGUGCGAGUUUUAGGAAGCUUGUUGCGAAGAAUGGUAACCUCAUAUAAGCUUGUACAAAGUUGCCCGAGGAGGGAUUCAAACAGAUGUGUAUGUGUGUGGGAUUUGUUUCUCUGUCGAGUGGUGUUCCUGCCAUGUCAUUGGUCUGGUUGGUUAGAUGCAGCACCAUGCCACGUCGAAAGUGUAUGGUAGAUGAACAAAGCACACAAGCUUCCACUUGAUGAAUGCAGGACUUUGACACUCCUAACAUGUCUAAUCCACUUGUGGAAUGGUUGUAAAUUAAUAUAAAGUGAGCCAUCCUGAACAGGUAAUUGCUGAUCGCGGCUUAGAGUGGCCGUCGGCAGGAAGCUUGCUGGCACAUUUACGAUACCCUGCUUUCCAGUUUCGAUCGGCACGUGAGGGUGCCAUUGAGACAUGUCACGAAAUUCGACACUGUCUGGUAUGUAUUUGGUGCGAUAAUCGGCAAAACCUGCAUUGCAGGGCUGUCCUGAAUGAAAUGUGUUUUGCCUAAACUGUGAAAGUAUGUUACAGUCUAACGAGGUUAGAAAGAAAACACUUAUGUUACUGCAUGUGAAGACGUUUUCCUCUAAUGAAAUGGACUAUUUCUAUUUACAGAGUUUUAUUAUAGCUUUUAUAAAUAUAGAGAUGCUAAUUGCUUAUUCUGCAAGCCCUCUGAAUGAAAGGUGUGUGGCUUGUUGCUCCUUUCGUGAGACACUUUGUCCUUUUUUUUUUCUGUUAUGCGUGUGUGGGUGCGAAUGAUGGCAUGUCUGAGUGCAUUGCAUAAUUUUUUUUUUUUCGAAUAACUGAGGAACAUUGCAUGGUGUAUCUGUUGCAAUGCCGGCCAAUGCUAACAUAAAACGUUGCCGAACGUUCAAUCAGCUGUGGAACUGGAGAAAAAAAUACAGUCUGCCAUGUGUCACUCAACAAUACUGGGAGGAAUGCAGAGAAGAAAAUAAAACGAUGCGCUAUGUUC